AGUGGUGAUCAGGGAGGUCUGUGGAGGGUCUUAUUGGGGAAGCUGCUGUGAUUACAAGACAAACCCCAUCAGAGUGAAAGCGUGUCCAGGCAAUUACUAUGUCUAUGAACUAGUGAAUCCACAAAUUGGGUGCUCUGGAUACUGCACAGAUGUCAGCACUAUUUCACAGGCAGUUUCCACUGUGAGUCCAGAUAUAUUCACUGGAUCCACCAUCAACUUGAAUUAUGACCCGUGUAAUAACUACAACACACUUGACAACUACUGGAGAAGCACACUCAAUUACUGGUCUAUGUAUGGAUACAUAUCUGAUCAAGAUGACACUCGUGUAGAAUGGGACGGCUGGUAUCGACUCUUCAUUAAUGGAUCAAGUGCUCAGAUGCCCGAGUGGUGUUUUUAUCAUAUGUCAUGUGGAGGUUAUAGUUCUCUGUGGCUUGAUGGCUCUCAUCCUCAGCUAGAAGAUGGAGUUGUUACUCGUGAAGUUUACGGCUCCCGUAAUGAUCAGUGCAGUCGCUACAGAUCCGACCCAAUCCAAGUCAAAGCUUGUCCUGGAAAUUAUUAUGUCUACAAAUUUACCAGACCAACUCUUUCAAUCCCAGAUCCUGUAUAUUGUGCAGUGCCUUUUUCCACUACAAGUGUCGACCCCUGCUACAGCUAUACCAGUCUGGAUGAGCCUUGGAGAUCCACAGACAACUAUUACUAUAAUAACUAUAACUACUAUGGCAUGUGUGAUUAUAAUGUGGAGUGGAAUGGCUGGUACAGGAUGUUCUACAAUGGUCAAAAUACUCAGAUGUCAGAAUCAUGUGUAAAUCGGUACAUGUGUGGCACUUAUUACCCACUGGUGCUCAACGGGCCUCACCCACAGCUGGAUGAUGGAGUGGUCACCCGUCAGGUCUGUGUCUCCUCAUGGAACGGCUGCUGUACUUACAAAUCCCACCCUAUAAGAGUCAAAGCCUGUCCAGGAAAUUACUAUGUUUAUGAGUUUGUCAAGCCAAUGGUUUGUGGAGCUUACUGUGUUGAUGCCUCAAACCAGUCCAUCUCAUCAACAACAGAGACGAUCCCAUCCAUAGAAUCCAUUACUCCACCAAUCACAACCACUGCUCCCCCUGUUGACCCCUGCUACAACUACAAUAUCCUGGAUGAUUCAUGGAGAGCCACCAACAAUCAACAUUCCUCUCAAAUAAUGUGUGACACUGUGGUCAGCUGGAACGGCUGGUACCGUCUCUUCAUUCAGGGUCAGAGCGUUCAGAUGCCAGACACAUGUGUUGAUGAGUAUAGUUGUGGCACUCAUGCUCCUCUGUGGCUGAACGGAGGACAUCCAACAGUUGAGGAUGGAGUGGUCACUCGAGAUGUCUGCGGUCACUGGAGCAAUAACUGCUGCUAUUUCCAAUCCAAUCCCAUUAAAGUCAAAGCCUGUCCAGGAGAUUAUUAUGUCUAUGAGUUUGUGAGCCCAACUGGCUGCAGUUUGGCUUACUGUGCAGAUUCAAGCAACAUAAACACUACCACUACCACAACCGAAACUACAACAACAGAAACUACAACCAUGGACACUACGACUGAACCUACAACUGAUCCAUGCUAUGAUUAUAACACACUUGAUGAAUAUUGGAGAGAUAUACGGCAAAACCUAUAUCAGUAUGGACAUGAUGACACCCUUGUUGAAUGGAGUGGCUGGUAUCGGCUGUAUCUGAAUGGAGAAAGUGCCCAGAUGUCUGAGUGGUGUGUGAAUUAUGUGGGAUGUGGUGGUUACACUGGACUGUAUCUCAACGGUUCUCAUCCAACACUUGAGGAUGGAGUGGUGACCCGUGAAGUACUGGGAACUCAUUCAUGGUAUUCCAGUCAGUGUGGCGCCUACAGUUCCUCAUCCAUCCGAGUCAAAGCCUGUCCAGGAGAUUAUUACGUCUAUGAAUUUGUCAAACCCGUCAUAUCGGCUCCAGGGCCGAUGUACUGUGCAGUUGCUUUCCAAAGCAUCAGCAGUGAUCCCUGCUACAACUAUGAGUCUCUGGAUCGUCCCUGGAGAGCCAACAAUGAAAGUGGAGAUUACAUUUGUGAUAACCUGUUUUCCUGGAAUGGCUGGUACCGGCUUUUCUACUAUGGAAUGGACAUCCGGAUGUCAGAGACCUGUAUUAGUUCAUACACCUGUAACACAGACCUCAGCCUGUGGCUCAAUGAUCCUCACCCUCAGAUAGACGAUGGAGUGGUGAUCAGGGAGGUCUGUGGAGGGUCUUAUUGGGGAAGCUGCUGUGAUUACAAGUCUAAACCCAUCAGAGUGAAAGCGUGUCCAGGCAAUUACUAUGUCUAUGAACUUGUGAAUCCACAAAUAUGGUGUACGGGAUACUGCACAGAUGUCAGCACUAUUUCACAGGCGGUUUCCACUGUGGGUCCAGAUAUAUUCACUGGAUCCACCAUCAACUUGAAUUAUGACCCGUGCAAUAACUAUAACACACUCGACAACUACUGGAGAAGCACACUCAAUUACUGGUCUAUGUAUGGAUACAUAUCCGAUCAUGAUGACACUCGUGUAGAAUGGGACGGCUGGUAUCGACUCUUCAUUAAUGGAUCAAGUGCUCAGAUGCCUGAGUGGUGUUUUUAUUAUUUGUCAUGUGGAGGUUAUAGUUCUCUGUGGCUUGGUGACCCUCAUCCUCGGCUAGAAGAUGGAGUUGUUACUCGUGAAGUUUACGGCUCUCGUAAUGAUCAGUGCAGUCGCUACAGAUCUGACCCAAUCCAAGUCCAAGCUUGUCCUGGAAAUUAUUAUGUCUACAAAUUUACCAGACCAACUCUUUCAAUCCCAGAUCCUGUAUAUUGUGCAGUGCCUUUCCCCACCCCAAGUGUCGACCCCUGCUACAGCUAUACCAGUCUGGAUGAGCCUUGGAGAUCCACAGACAACUCUUACUAUAAUAACUAUAACUACUAUGGCAUGUGUGAUUAUAAUGUGGAGUGGAAUGGCUGGUACAGGAUGUUCUACAAUGGUGAAAAUACUCGGAUGCCAGAAUCAUGUGUAAAUCAGUACACGUGUGGCACUUAUGAACCACUGUCGCUCAACGGCCCUCACCCACAGCUGGAAGAUGGAGUGGUCACCCGUCAGGUCUGUCUCUCCUUAUGGGAUGGCUGCUGUACUUACACAUCCCACCCUAUAAGAGUCAAAGCCUGUCCAGGAAAUUACUAUGUUUAUGAGUUUGUCAAGCCAAUAUUUUGUGGAGCUUACUGUGUUGAUGCCUCAAACCAGUCCAUCUCAUCAACAACAGAGACGAUCCCAUCCAUAGAAUCCAUUACUCCACCAAUCACAACCACUGCUCCCCCUGUUGACCCCUGCUACAACUACAAUAUUCUGAAUGAUUCAUGGAGAGCCACCACCAACAAUCAACAUUCCUCUCAAAUAAUGUGUGACGCUUGGGUCAGCUGGAACGGCUGGUACCGUCUCUUCAUUCAGGGUCAGAGCGUUCAGAUGCCAGACACAUGUGUUGAUGAGUAUAGUUGUGGCACUCAUGCUCCUCUGUGGCUGAACGGAGGACAUCCAACAGUUGAGGAUGGAGUGGUCACUCGAGAUGUCUGCGGUCACUGGAGCAAUAACUGCUGCUAUUUCCAAUCCAAUCCCAUUAAAGUCAAAGCCUGUCCAGGAGAUUAUUAUGUCUAUGAGUUUGUGAGCCCAACUAACUGCCAUUUGGCAUACUGUGCAGAUUCAAGCAACAUAAACACUACCACUACUACUGUCAUGCCAGAGACAACCACAGAUGAAACUACAACAGCAGAAACUACAACCAUGGACACUAUGACUGAACCUGCAACUGAUCCAUGCUAUGAUUAUAACACACUUGAUCAAUAUUGGAGAGAUAUACGGCAAAGCCCAUAUCAGUACUAUGGACAUGAUGACACUCUUGUUGAAUGGAGUGGCUGGUAUCGGCUGUAUCUGAAUGGAGAAAGUGCCCAGAUGUCUGAGUGGUGUGUGAGUUAUGCUGGAUGUGGUGGUCACACUGGACUGUCUCUCAGCGGUUCUCAUCCAAAACUUGAGGAUGGAGUGGUAACCCGUGAAGUCGUGGGAACUCAUUCAUGGUAUUGGUGGGGGUAUUCCAGUCAGUGUGGCGCCUACAGUUCCUCAUCCAUCCGAGUCAAAGCCUGUCCAGGAGAUUAUUACGUCUAUGAAUUUGUCAAACCCAUCAUAUCAGCUCCAGGGCCGAUGUACUGUGCAGUUGCUUUCCAAAGCAUCAGCAGUGAUCCCUGCUACAACUAUGAGUCUCUGGAUCGUCCCUGGAGAGCCAACAAUGAAAGUGGAGAUUACAUUUGUGAUAACUUUUUCACCUGGAAUGGCUGGUACCGGCUUUUCUACUAUGGAAUGGACAUCCGGAUGUCAGAGACCUGUGUCAGUUCAUUCACCUGUAACACAUACUAUAAUCUGUGGCUCAAUGAUCCUCACCCUCAGAUAGAGGAUGGAGUGGUGACCAGGGACGUGUGUGGUGGGACUUAUUGGGGAAGCUGCUGUGAUUACAAGUUUAAACCCAUCCGAGUGAAAGCGUGUCCAGGCAAUUACUAUGUCUAUGAACUUGUGAAUCAAGCAUGGUGGUGUUCAGGAUACUGUACAGAUGUCAGCACUAUUUCACAGGCAGUUUCCACUAUAAGUCCAGAUAUAUUCACUGGAUCCACCAUCAACUUGAAUUAUGACCCGUGUAAUAACUACAACACACUCGACAACUACUGGAGAAGCACACUCAAUUACUGGUCUAGUAAUGGAUACAUAUCUGAUCAUGAUGACACUCGUGUAGAAUGGGAUGGCUGGUAUCGACUCUUCAUUAAUGGAUCAAGUGCUCAGAUGCCUGAGUGGUGUUUUAAUUAUAUGUCAUGUGGAGGUUAUAGUGCUCUGUAUCUUGGUGACUCUCAUCCUCGGCUAGAAGAUGGAGUUGUUACUCGUGAAGUUUACGGCUCUCGUAAUGAUCAGUGCAGUCGCUACAGAUCCGACUCAAUCCAAGUCCAAGCUUGUCCUGGAAAUUAUUAUGUCUACAAAUUUACCAGACCAACUCUUUCAAUCCCAGAUCCUGUAUAUUGUGCAGUGCCUUUCUCCACCCCAAGUGUCGACCCCUGCUACAACUAUACCAGUCUGGAUGAGCCUUGGAGAUCCACAGACAACUAUUACUAUAACUAUUAUGGCAUGUGUGAUUAUAAUGUGGAGUGGAAUGGCUGGUACAGGAUGUUCUACAAUGGUGAAAAUACUCAAAUGCCAGAAUCAUGUGUAAAUCAGUACACAUGUGGCACUUAUAAUCCACUGGUGCUCAACGGCGCUCACCCACAGCUGGAAGAUGGAGUGGUCACCCGUCAGGUCUGUGUCUCCUCAUGGAAUGGCUGCUGUACUUACAAAUCCCAUCCUAUAAGAGUCAAAGCCUGUCCAGGAAAUUACUAUGUUUAUGAGUUUGUCAAGCCAAUAUUUUGUGGAGCUUACUGUGUUGAUGCCUCAAACCAGUCCAUCUCAUCAACAACAGAGACGAUCCCAUCCAUAGAAUCCAUUACUCCACCAAUCACAACCACUGCUCCCCCUGUUGACCCCUGCUACAACUACAAUAUCCUGAAUGAUUCAUGGAGAGCCACCAACAAUCAACAUUCCUCUGAAAUAAUGUGUGACACUGCGGUCAGCUGGAACGGCUGGUACCGUCUCUUCAUUCAGGGUCAGAGCGUUCAGAUGCCAGACACAUGUGUUGAUGAGUAUAGUUGUGGCACUCAUGCUCCUCUGUGGCUGAACGGAGGACAUCCAACAGUUGAGGAUGGAGUGGUCACUCGAGAUGUCUGCGGUCACUGGAGCAAUAACUGCUGCUAUUUCCAAUCCAAUCCCAUUAAAGUCAAAGCCUGUCCAGGAGAUUAUUAUGUCUAUGAAUUUGUGAGCCCAACUAACUGCCAUUUGGCUUACUGUGCAGAUUCAAGCAACAUAACCACUACCACUACCACUGUCGAGACAACCACAACCAAAACUACAACAACAGAAACUACAACCAUGGACACUACGACUGACAAUAGCAUUAAUAUUGCGAGCCGAUUUUAUCCAUUUGGAACUGGAGACUCAGUAAAUGGACGCAUUGAUGAUGGAAGUUCAUCUGUUAUUUACCUUCAGCAGCCAUUUAUAUUUUUUGGGCAAACAUACAACCAAAUUUAUGUUAACAACAAUGGACACUUGACUUUUGACGGGGCAUUCUACAGCUACUCUCCAUACCAGUUCCCAGCUUAUGGAGGGAAAGACCUCAUUGCUCCAUUCUGGACAGAUAUUGACAACCGCUGGAAUGGUGUUAUCUCAUAUCAACAAUACACCUCUGGCAGUGUCCUUACACAGGCGACCCAAGACAUAAACCAAUACUUCCCUGACUUGAGUUUCUCGGCUUCAUGGGUCUUUGUUGCAACAUGGGAUAGAGUUGCAUACUACUACAAUUCAGGAACAGAAACAUCUUUCCAAGUGGUUUUAAUUUCGAAUGGCCAUCUCUCAUUUGUUGUAAUGAACUACGGAGCAAUCGCUCCAACGCAACGAUAUGUACAGGCUGGUUAUGACACCAUCGACUCAAGUCACCAUUUUUCAAUUACUGGAUCACUCCAGAAUGACAUCACAAGCCUACCAUACAGCAGCAAUGUCAAUGUGCCAGGCAGAUGGGCCUUCAGAACAGAUCAUGGAACACGUGGUUGUCAAUUUAAUGGUUUUCCAGUGCAGCUGGGAGACUCCUUCUGGAGUGAUGCCACCUGUCAGCAGAGAUGCUCCUGCACCAGAAAUGGCAUCCAGUGCAGCUUUGAGCCCUGUACUUAUUCCCAAGCUUGUCGUCCAGCUGCUUUCCAAUACUCUUGUCAGAAUAUUCAGAGGCAAACAUGCACCAUCUCGGGUGAUCCUCACUACUACACCUUUGACAAUCAGAUAUUUCACUUUCAAGGAACCUGCACGUAUGUUCUGUCUGAGGCAUGUGGAAAUGGUUUGCCGUACUAUCGCAUUGAGGGGAAAAACGAGCAUCGGGGUAGUACACAUGUGUCAUGGACUCGGAUGGUCAGAGUUUUUGUCUAUAAUGAAGAAAUUGAAUUGCUCAAAGAUCACUAUUAUGAGGCAAAGGUUAAUGGGACCUUUCUAGCAACACCAUUCACCCUCCACGAUGGAUCCAUCCAAGUCUAUCAGUCAGGGUUUUCCUUGGCCAUCAGCACAGAUUUUGGUCUCCUAGUGACCUAUGAUGCAUAUAGCUAUGUCACCAUCUCUGUACCUUAUGACUACCAGAAUGCCACAUGUGGUCUGUGUGGGAACUAUAACCUACAUCCUGAAGAUGACUUCCGUUCAGUCUCUGGGGAGAUCUUGAGCACAGAUGUUGACUUUGCCAACUCUUGGAAGGUAGAGGGGGACACAGAUCCUGAAUGCCAUGAUGUCAGGUGCACAGGUCUCGAUUGUGCAGUUUGUACCAACAGUGAAAUGAGCCUUUACAGUGACACAAAUCACUGUGGAAUCCUGGGAGAUGUUUCAGGGCCUUUUGCAUCUUGCCAUUCUGUGUUUUCACCCCAGACCUACAUAGAGAACUGUGUCUAUGAUCUUUGCUUAGGAGGAGGGUACCAGCCAAUUCUCUGCCAGGCUCUCAAUGUGUAUUCUGCCCAAUGCCAACAGCAAGGUGUACAACUAGGACAGUGGAGACAACCAGGCUUUUGUGAAAUCUUAUGCCCUGAGCACAGUCAUUUUGAGUCUCAUGGAACAAGCUGCCCUGCAACUUGCAGCAACCCAUCUGCCCCAAUAAACUGUCCCUUGCCUAAUCUGGAGAGCUGUAUUUGUGAUGAUGGGUACAUCCUCAGUGCUGGACAAUGUGUGCCUGAAGAAAACUGUGGCUGCACAUUUGAGGGCUUCUAUUACUCUGAGGGACAGUCAGUAGUGUUGGACGAGGACUGUGGGAGACAAUGUGUUUGCAGUAGCAGGUCAAUGUUCUGCUAUCAGCACCAAUGUGGUCCAGCAGAGGUGUGUGGACUCCAUAAUGGUGUGAGGGGCUGCAGACCCAUCAGUUAUGCUACUUGUUCGGUUGAAGGCCUGGGUUCAUACCACACCUUUGAUGGACAAACUUUCAGAUACCCAGGAGCUUGUGGACUGACCCUUGCAAGAGUGAUGGGGCCAUCCCAACUGCCAUACUUUGUUUUGACAGUGGAGAAAGUACCCAGAGGCCUUCAAGACUUUUCCAGGUUCCUAAAUUUUGAGGCAGGAGGCACUCAUGUUUCCAUUCAAUUGGGAGAAGGAAGCAAUGUACAGGUGGAUGGACAGAUGGUUGGCCUUCCCAUCAGUGUUGGUUCCAGUCAGAUCCACAUCUAUCACAGUAGUGUAAGGGGUUUUGUUUUGGAGACAAACUUUGGAGUGACAGUUAGAGCUGACUGGCCGCACAUUGUCCGAAUCACGGCUCCAACCACUUACAAUGGUACACUUGGAGGUCUGUGUGGGAACUUGAAUGGAAACACCGAUGAUGAAUUCUACAGCCCGGAUGGGGUCCUGCUGGAUGACUCCCAGCUAUUUGCAGAUAGUUGGCGUGAUGGAUCCCUGUCAGCCCACUGUGAGGACCCAGCUGACAUUUGGGAACCAGGACUUUAUCAGAACAGGAGCGAGUUCAGUGAGCUCUGCAGCAUCAUGACAAUGAACAAUGGACCGUUUGCUGAAUGCAGCAGAACACUAGACCCUUGGCAGCGGAUUGAAGACUGCAUUCAGAUGCUGGAGCAGACGGAGGGUGCCAGGGAGGCUCUAUGUGAAGCCCUGCGAGGGUACACACUACACUGCCAACAGAAUGGCAUUGCAGUUGGAGAGUGGAGGAGUAUCACCCACUGUGAUCCCAACUGUCCAGCUAAUACCCAUUUUGAACUGUGUGGCACAUCCUGUCCUGCGUCUUGCCCUAGCCUCUCGUUUCCCUUCCAGUGCGCUCUGCCAUGCCAGGGGGGAUGCCAGUGCGAUGAUGGACUAGUGCUGGAUGGAGAUCGCUGUGUUCCCCCCACUGGUUGUGGCUGCCACUAUGAUGGUCGCUAUCGGCAGCCUGGAGAGCAGUUCUGGCAUGGUGAAGAGUGCCAGUUCCAGUGUGUCUGUGAUGGAAUCACUGGUAAUGUCCGUUGUACACCAUCAUCUUGCAGUGACCAAGAAAUCUGCAGUGUGGUGGAGGGGGAGUAUGGCUGCCAUCCUCAUCCACACGGUAGCUGUUAUGCUUCUGGAGAUCCACAUUAUAUCUCCUUUGAUAGAACCUACUUUGACUUUCAAGGCACAUGCCGAUAUGUGCUAGCCACAGUGUGCAAUGAUACCCGUGGACUACCACACUUCCAAGUUGAUGCAAGAAAUGAAGCAUGGAAUGGAUGGCCUGUGUCAAUAACUGUUGAAGUUUUUGUCAAUGUCUCUGGGCAUCUUGUGCAAAUGUCACAGGACUUGAACAGUUAUUCUGCUGUUAAGGUUGAUGAAGAGAUCAGAAACCUCCCUGUCUAUCUUGACUCUGGUCGAGUGUUUGUCUACUCCACAGGACAGUUUGUCUAUGUUUCAACUGACUUUGGUUUUAGUGUCAGUUAUGGUGGUUCCUGGGAGGUAAACAUUGUUGUGCCAGCAGACUACAGUGGAGUUAUGUGUGGCAUCUGUGGCAACUUUAAUGGCCAUCCGGAUGAUGACUUCCUCACUCCUUCAGGUGCUUUGGCAUCUUCAGUGGACCAGUUUGGGGAAGAAUGGAUGGUUGAAAAUGACAUGUCAUGCAAUCAUGGCUGUUUAGACGAUUGUCCUUUGUGCCAAGAUGAGAGCACAACUCAAGCCUUGUGUGAGAUCAUCAGAGACAAUCAGGGUCCCUUUAGCUUCUGCCAUAGUUCUGUAGAUCCACAAGCCUACUUUGAUAACUGUGUGUUUGAUGUGUGCAUCUCUGGGAACCACAACGAUGUCUUGUGUCGCUCUGUCCAAUCUUAUGUGAGUGCUUGUCAAUCUGUCAAUGCCAUGGUCUACCCCUGGAGAGAACUUGCAUUGUGUGUCAUGGACUGCUCUUCAAACAUCCCAAACAGUCAUUAUGAGGUGUGUGGAACAGACUGUGGCCACACAUGCGCCAGCAGCAUCGAUGCUAGUUGUGAACACACAUGCUCAGAAGGUUGUUUCUGUGAUGAGGGAUUUGUGAGAAGUGGAGGACUCUGUGUACCAGUGGAACAAUGUGGCUGCUUGUAUGAUGGAUUCUACUAUCAUAUUGGGGAACAGUUCUUGGAUUCAACAUGCUCCCAACGCUGUGAGUGUUUUGCUCCAAAUGAUCUACGCUGCACUGCAUCUUUCUGCCCAGCGGCCAUGGAGUGUGCGGUCAGAAAUGGACGCCGUGACUGCUUCAGUCCAAUGUCCACAUGCACGGUCUGGGGCGACCCCCACUACAUCACCUUUGAUGGGGCUGUGGCCCACUUUCAGGGAACAUGUUCCUAUGAGAUUGCCCAGACCUGCGGUAAUGUUACGGACAGUGAUCUGCAGUUCCGUGUAGUGGCCACCAACAGGCACCGGGGGAACAUGCUGGUGUCAUUUGUGUCUGCAGUGGAUGUUUGGUUGUCGCAGCAUGAACAACAUAUGCACAUCAGUAUUGGGCAGAACAGGAGAGUUAGAGUUGAUGGAAAUGCUAUUGACACACCGGCUUAUCAAAUCAAUGAUCUUGUAGAGGUACAUGAGGAGCAGGGAUUUGUAAUUCUAAAUGCAUUCAAUGAAUUUAUUGUCCAUUUUGAUGGACAUAGCAGCCUUCUAGUCAGAGUGAGUGAAAGAUUCUAUGGAUCUCUAUGUGGAAUGUGUGGAAAUUUCAAUGGUAAUCCUGCGGAUGACAAAGUGCUGCCCAGUGGAGAACUCGCUUCUGAUGACAUUUCCUUUGGCCACAGCUGGAAAUCAGACACCAGCAUUCCAGGCUGCGGUGCCAGAGACCAGACUGGUAAUGUUGAUGAGUGUCCAUCCAGGCAGAGGUAUUCUGAUCUCUGUAGUAUUAUCACCAACACCUCUGGCCCCUUCCAGAACUGCCAUCUUCAUGUUGACCCGGCACCUUACUUCUACUCCUGUGUGUAUGAUCUGUGUCUCUACACACGUACAAAUGGCAUGCUAUGUUCAGCUGUUGAGGCCUAUGAGACAGCUUGUGCCAUCUUGGAGAUACAGAUCCCAGAAUGGCGCUCGGGUCUGCGGUGCGAUGUGAGAGAUCGCUGUUCUGAGCUCAGCUGCUCUGAGGAUGAAUGGUGUGGGAAGAAAAAUGGUGUUUAUGGCUGUUUAUGUAACGAAGACCAUCACAGACCACAACCUGACUCUUUUGAUUUCUCAGAAACCUGUGAAAGCAGCUCUGGCUCUAUAUCUGUGUCUCGCUGUCAGCUCUUUGAGGCUGGUUUUCCAGCUGAUGUCUUACACCUCAAUGAUCCCAGCUGCAAAGGAACGGUCCGGAAUGGCAGAGUGGAAUUCCAUUUUGAUAAUGAUGAACACAUCUGUGGAACAAAUCUUCUGGCUAACGGCACCCACUUCAUCUAUCAUAACUUUAUUCUGGGGACACCGAGGUCAGAAGAUCUCAUCAGCAGAGAGAAAAUCCUGAAGCUUUCUUUCAGCUGUGUUUAUCCUCAAUCACAAACACUUUCCAUGAAUGUGGAAAUCAACCCACUGGAGAGCAUAGUGAUCAAGCCUCUUCCAGAUGAAGGCAGAUAUCAGGUCCGGAUGAUCCCAUAUGAGGAUGAUGAGUUUACCCGGCCCUUCACUGGUAGAGUGGAUGCAGAGCUCGACCAGGAGAUGCAUGUGGAAGUUCGUGUUGAGGGGGUCGACAGCCGCCAGUUCGCCCUGGUGAUGGACACGUGUUGGGCUACACCUGUGAAUGAUCCCGAUUACAGCCUCCGCUGGGAUCUCAUCCUUUCAGAGUGUCCCAAUCCAAAUGACGACACAGUGGAUCUGCUGCAGAACGGCGUCUCGACAUCCAGCCGUUUCUCCUUCAGGAUGUUUAUCUUCACUGCAAACUCCACUAGGCUUUACCUGCACUGCGCUGUUCACCUUUGCCUUCUGUCAAGCAAUCGCUGCUCAACGGACUGUGGCUCUGGACACCAGUGGAGAGAGCGCAGGUCUCUGGACUUCCAUGACAGUACUUCCAUAUCCCUGGGUCCUCUGGUGUUGUCUGAAGGGAACACAGAUAAGUGGGUCCCAGAACAAGUGAAGGCAUCUGAGGCUUCUUGUCUGUGUGGUUCUCUGAUGCUGAUACUUGUUCCUCUGAUGAGUGUCCUCACACACUUUUAGUUUAGUACCACAACAAUUUACAUGCAUAUUGUCUAGAGUAGUUUUAAUUAAUGGAACUGAUGCUACACUGGUUGUGGGUUUCUAAACCAUGCACUUCAUGUGGACUAAUAAAGGAAUUAUUAUUUAAUCAUUUACGUUUAUUUCUAUAUAGUACAUUAAUUCUGUAUUACUUGAGGGAAUGUGCUGAUACAACAAAGACCA